UUUAAAAAAAAAAAAAAAAAAAAGAUCAGCAGGAGCCAAAUGGUAAGAACCUUAUAGGCCAUGUGAAUGGGGGAGGGGAUGAGUCAGCUUUCUGGCUUAAACAACAGGAUGCAUGGGAUGCUUUUUACUGAGAUAGAAAAGAGGAAGUCAGGCUGAGCUUUAGCAGUAAUGAAACAGUUCUGUUUGGGAAGUCCUAAGUUUGAGAGGUGCAGACAGGUUUGUGUAAGAAACAACCUGAACGGUCAGCUAUCAGAUAAGCCGUUGGAAAUGGGUCUGGACUUAGAGGAGUUGGAAAAGGGCCUGUACCGGGAGCGUGAAUCUCUUGCUCAUUCCUGUUUCUAAGUGAAAUAUUCUUUUUGUUCUUAAUUCUAAAACAGACCAAAUGUGAUUAAAUGGUCAGCACCUCAUCUGUGGGUACUUUCCCAAAACGAGUGAAAAUUGUGGAAGUUGGUCCCCGAGACGGACUACAAAAUGAAAAGAAUAUCGUCCCCACUGCCAUGAAAAUCAAGCUGAUAGACAUGCUUUCUGAAGCAGGACUUCCCGUUAUAGAAGCCACCAGCUUUGUGUCCCCUAAGUGGGUUCCCCAGAUGGCUGACCACACUGAAGUCUUGAAGGGCAUCCAGAAAUUUCCUGGCAUCAACUACCCAGUCCUGACCCCAAAUUUCAAAGGCUUCCAGGCAGCGGUGGCCGCGGGAGCCAAGGAAGUAGCCGUCUUUGGAGCCGCCUCGGAGCUCUUCACCAAGAAGAACAUCAACUGCUCCAUCGAGGAGAGCAUUCAGCGGUUCGGUGAAGUCCUGAAGGCAGCUCGGGCGGCCAGCAUCCCUGUGCGAGGGUACGUCUCCUGUGCACUUGGCUGCCCCUAUGAAGGGAAGAUCUCCCCAGCCAAAGUCGCUGAGGUCACCAAGAAGAUGUACUCAAUGGGCUGCUACGAGAUCUCCCUGGGGGACACCAUCGGCGUGGGCACCCCCGGGGGCAUGAAGGAUAUGCUGUCUGCUGUCAUGCAGGAGGUGCCUGUGGCUGCCCUGGCUGUCCACUGCCAUGACACCUAUGGCCAGGCCCUGGCCAACACCUUGAUGGCCCUGCAGAUGGGGGUGAGUGUCGUGGACUCUUCUGUAGCAGGACUUGGAGGCUGUCCCUAUGCACAGGGGGCAUCGGGAAACUUAGCUACUGAGGACCUCGUCUACAUGCUGGCCGGCUUGGGCAUUCACACGGGUGUGAACCUCCAGAAGCUCCUGGAAGCUGGGACCUUUAUCUGUCAAGCCCUGAACAGAAAAACCAGCUCGAAAGUGGCUCAGGCUACCUGUAAACUGUGAGCCUUCUGCCCACCCAGAGCCCCGGGGCCUGUGUAGGAACAGGGGCACGCGGGGAUGACGCACCAGGGAGUGCGUGGCACUGGGAGUGCAAUUACCAGAGCAGGCACCUCCGCCAGCCCUGCGCUAGUCUGUCCUGGAAGAAAGGAGGCGAGGGGCGCGGCCUCAGCUCCUCCUUCCUGGAGGGCUCCUUUCACCACAGACCCAGCAGCCUGGGAGCUGAGUGCCUCAGGGCACUUGGGAACCCAGUUCCCCAGCUUGGGUUGAUCCUCAAGUCUCAUCUCUGGGUGAAGUAAAUCUGCCAGCAGGCGCCUCUACCCAGCGCGACCCUGCCGUAGCCCUGGGGACAUUGCUCUCUGAUGUCAUAGGGCAAAGGGGUAUGGAGUUUUUUCCCAAGCUGGCAGAAGGCAUUUGCUGAAGGAGGUGAGGGCUGAGCUCUGGUGGCCACCUGCCAACGCCAGCACCUCUGGAAAAUCUCUACUCUAAAUGUGAUUUGUGAAAUCAGCUUAUGUAACUACAGUUUAAUGACACAGAAACAUUCCAGUAUUCUGUUGUGCAGAUGUGUAUGUAUGAGAGUGGGGGAAUAAAACAUCUUUACAUUUGCACUCAGA